AGGUGAUUGGGUAGUGAUACCAGAGGGGGAAGCUAGUCAAAAUGCUUCAGGACAUUGGUGCUAGAGCCAUGGGGGUUUAUGAGUACCUCUUGAAGGGAACAGGUGAGGGAUUUUUCUGCAUAGUUAAUUACUUGACUAUACCUCUGCUUUGUGUACCUUGAAAGCUGUAAGCAAGUUUUUUGGGUCAUAGACCUGUUUUGUAGUGUAUUUUACAGCUAAUGUUUUGUUUUUCAGACCCGCGACUGUGGAGCUACCCACUCAUGCAGAGUCCGGUGAACAUGUCGGCCAUCUUGCUGACCUACAUCUUCUUCGUGCUGGUCGCUGGGCCUCGCUUCAUGGCCAACCGCAAGCCCCUCCAGCUCAAGGAGGCCAUGAUCACUUACAACUUCUCCAUGGUGGCGUUGAAUGCCUUUAUUGUCUAUGAGGUAUAAAAUAAAAUAAAUAAAUAAAAAUGAGGUGAAACACUAUGACGCAAAGCUCUUGUCUCUCAAAGAUCGGGGUUCUUGAUUGGUAUCUCUACAGGACUUACAUUUACAUUUUAGCAGACGCUCUUAUCCAGAGCGACUUACAGUUAGUGAGUGCAUACAUUUUUCAUACUGGCCCCCCAGUGGGAAUCGAAUCCACAACCCUGGCGUUGCAAGCGCCAUGCUCUACCAACUGAGCUACAGACUGGAGCCAGUCUUUUCCCUAGCAGUAUAUUGGGUGUUUGGUAUGUGGCAGCUCUGUCUGAAUGUGUUGGAUAAUUGGAUCACUAGCUAAAUUAACCAUUGCCUAGAUGGAGGUAAAUAAGAUUUGAGAUUUGCAUGAAGAAGAUGACCCAUAUAGUCAAUAUACACUUGCUUUUGUUAAUAACAGUAUGGCUUCUUUCCAAUCUAGUUUGACUACCGGUAGCUACAGAAUCUGUUUGUUCAAUUUGUUCUCUUGUCAUUUUAGUUCUUGAUGUCUGGCUGGGCCACGACAUACACAUGGAGAUGUGACGCAGUUGAUUACUCGGAUAGCCCCCAAGGCCUUAGAGUAAGUCUUGAGUCUUCGCUUCACGCAUGGUUUCCCUGUGAUGGUCAUGAGAUGCAUCUUCUUUGAAAGAAAGCAUGCAAGACAAGAUACACAUUCUUAGUAUUGUCACAGUGGAUAAGUAGGAAUAUCCUAUCUUUAGACUACUGCUAGGCUGUUUUGUCCAAAUUACUCACGUUUGCAUGGUGUGUUGUGUUCCUUCACUAGAUGGUUCGAGUGGCCUGGUUAUUCUUGUUCUCCAAAUUCAUUGAGCUCUUGGACACGGUAAGACUUCAGAUUAUUUCCCUCAGAUUUGCAUCUCCUCAGUCUUUCCCCCUAUUCACGUUACGGUCAUCAUGGUUGUAUUUGACAUGUUUCUCUCUUUUGGGUCAGGUGUUUUUCGUUCUGAGGAAGAAACAUGGCCAGAUCACCUUCCUGCACGUCUUCCACCACUCUUUCAUGCCCUGGACCUGGUGGUGGGGUGUCAGCUUAGCUCCCGGUGAGUCCACAAUAUCGGUAUUGUAAAACUGGGUGGGUAAAAUGGUGGGAAUACAAUUAAUUUGCAGUAGACAAAGGUAUGUUGUUGGUGGAUCCAGUAGAAUAUGGGCAGGGUUGGUUUGAAGUGUUCUGUGUGUUUUACCCCAGGGGGAAUAGGCUCUUUCCAUGCCAUGGUGAAUUGCAUCGUCCACGUCAUCAUGUACUCCUACUACGGCCUGUCUGCGGCUGGACCGCGCUUCCAGAAGUUCCUCUGGUGGAAGAAGUACAUGACCGCCAUCCAGCUGGUAUGUUUUAGGGAGUUUGAAUGUAUAUGAUGUUGUCAUUUCCAGUUUAGAUUUGUACUAUGAGGAGUAAGCUUUAGCCAGGUCUUUUCGGCUGUUUUAUAAAGCAGUUUUUAGUUGUUUCUCUAAAAGGCGAUCUGUACUCGUUUUUUUUAGACUGUCGAUGCAGUAUACUAAAGUAGUAAAUAAACUAGUCUGAAAUACCAUUGUUGAUCAGUGCAAGCACUGUGCCACUUCAGAACAUUCAUCUCCAUAUGCAUAUUGUUCCUCUUCAUUCCACCGACAGGUUCAGUUUGUGAUGGUGUCCCUCCACGUCACCCAGUAUUACUUCAUGGACAGCUGUGACUACCAGGUCCCCCUGUUCAUCCACCUCAUCUGGAUGUAUGGCACCUUCUUCUUUGUGCUCUUCUCCAACUUCUGGUACCAGGCAUACGUGAAGGGAAAGCGGUUGCCCAAGCAGGACUCCAAGCCUGGCCUCAACGGCAAGGCCAAUGGGACCACCAUGGUCGCCAAUGGCAAUGGCAAGCACCACAAGAAAGGUAACAGCAAUGGCACCAGCAACGGUUCCAGUCACAACGAAAAUGGUAGUGCCCAUGCGGGCAAGAUGAAGAAGUCCUAGGGUCUUCGGAAAAGAACACCCAAGAAGCGUGAAUAAGAGAUCCUGCACAAACUACUGUGGAUUCCAAAGAAUGUUUUGGUUAUGUUUAUUUUCUGAUCGUUUUUAGUUUUAUUCAGCACAAAAACCUGGGGAAAUGAUGAGGUCAAUGACUUCUGCAGUUGGGGUCCCACAUUUCGUUGUUUCUUAGUUAUAAUUUUUUUUUUAACUGCAAAACUAACUAUGAACACAAUGUAUGAAGAGGAUACAAAUUAUGACCUGAUGUUAUCUUCACUGAUGUUGCCACCCCGAAAUGAUUGACACCCUUGAUAAAGAUGAGCAAUAAUGACUAUAUAAAAUAAAUAAUUAAAAUACUGAGCUACAUUGUAUGCAAAAGAAAUUGGGAAAUUAUAUUAUUUUAUACUAAGAGAAAGAGAUUUUGUUUAACAAGUAAUACUUUUUUUCUAUAAAAGGUACGGGUCAAAAUUAUUGACACCUCUGAAGAUUAUUAUAAAUAAAGCAGUCAAAAGUUUAUUUGGCCACAUAUUCCUAGCACACAAUGACUA